UGAUUUUAGUUGUUUAAUAUAUAUGCCUAUUUGACUUAUAGUGUAAGAUAUAUGCCAUUUAACAUGUGACAUGAGUGGUGACGACUAUAAUUUUUUUUUUUUGGGAAUCAAUUGGUGACAAUUUUUAUGUGACAACAAUAACUUAUUAUUUUAUUAUUAUUGUGUAUUUCAAUAACCAAUAAUAAGUUUUUGCUGUAUUAUUAUUAUUAAACUAAUCACACAUUUUUUAAAAAAAAAGCAAUGCCUGGCUGGACAUCAUCGUCAUCGACGGUCAGGCCAUACGGUGUGCCAAUAGGUCUACGGAUAUUUGGUUUACACCAACGCCUGCCACUGUCCACUCAUCGGCUGAUGGUUUUGAUACUGACAUUCAUAGCCUACACCUGCUAUCAUAUGUCCAGACGUCCGAUAAGUGUGGUCAAGAAUGUCUUGAGUCGUAACUGUUCCCAAGUGAUUGUACCAUCAGAUGUAAUCGUAACGAAUACUACCGAAAAUAAUUGGUGCGAUUGGCAGCCAUUCAAUGGUGAAGAUGCCAACACUCUCUUAGGUCUUCUAGACUCGAGUUUUCUAUUUUCGUACGCCAUAUGUAUGUUCUUUUCGGGAUUUAUUGCCGAAAGAUGUCAUUUACGGUACUUCCUAUCGCUGGGAAUGUUGUUAAGCGGUCUAUUGACCUACGCUUUCGGUAUUGCCUUCUACUAUCAGAUCCAUUCGAUCUAUUAUUUUAUAUUCAUUCAGAUAAUCUGUGGUGCACUCCAGACAAGUGGUUGGCCAGCAGUGGUAUCAUCGGUUGGCAAUUGGUUUGGCAAGUCUUCGCGCGGUCUAAUCUUCGGCAUUUGGAAUUCGCAUACAAACGUCGGCAAUAUCUUAGGCGCACUAAUUGCCGGCUAUUAUGUCGAAUACAAUUGGGGUCUCAGUUUCAUUGUACCCGCCAUUAUCAUUGCCAUCGCCGGGUUCAUUAUGUUCCUGUUUUUCACGCCGUAUCCCGAAGAAGUUGGUAUCUCAUCAGUUGAUAUUCAAUGCAAUAAUCGUAUUAUUAGAGUAUCAAUGAAUAAUACAACUGAAAAUACUGGUUACGGUGAUAAUAACGAAAGUGUUUCGAGUACUUGUUCAUCGACAUCACAAUUGGAAACCCUAUCGACACAACAACAACACCAGCAGCAGCAACAACAACAUCGCCGCAAAUUGAGACCAAUUGGAGGAAUGACUGCCGUCGAUGACAACAACACCGAUACCAUAGUUUUGGAUGAAGAGCAUCCAUUGCUAACAAAUGAGACACCAAUGGAAAGUACAGAUAAAAAGGCCGUCUCUUUUAUGACUGCACUGAAAAUUCCUGGAGUCAUUGAGUUUUCUCUGUGCCUGUUCUUUGCCAAACUGGUCAGCUAUACCUUCCUCUAUUGGCUGCCAAAAUAUAUUGGAUCGUCAACUGAUUCAUCAUCAUCUGAUUCGGCAUACUUGUCCACACCAUUUGAUUUAGGAGGUAUAAUAGGUGCUAUAGUAGCUGGAGUUUUAGUCGAUGUUACCGGCGCCAGUGCUCUCAUAUGUGUGGUUAUGUUGAUUUGGGCCAUUCCCCUGUUAUUCCUAUACCAAUUAUAUGGCAGUGUUUCCUAUUGGCAUAAUAUAAUACUACAGUUCAUAACCGGUACGUUUGUUAACGGGCCUUACGCUCUCAUUACGACCGCCGUAUCGGCUGAAUUGGGUACAAAGUUGGCCAAUAGUCACUCAUUGGCUACCGUUACCGCAAUUAUUGAUGGCACCGGAUCUAUUGGUGCCGCUAUCGGGCCAUUGUUUGCUGGUUGGGUAUCUCAAACCGGCUGGAAUAAUGUCUUCUAUAUGGUAAUGAUGGCCGACUUAUUGGCACUGAUAUCGCUGGCAAGGAUUGCCGUCCAAGAGUGCAAACGUAUUGCCCGUAAUAGACAUCGAUUUAAUUUUUAACGACCCCACCGUUGGGGAGGGGGUUAUUUGUUUAAAUUACCGUAUAUAUAUAUAUAUAUGUUGU